ACGUUUACUAAUACAUGACUGGAAGGAGGAGGUGGCCAGAGAGGAGGUGGUGGCUACAGAGGAAGAGAUGCAAAGAGAAGGAGGAGAUGGUGGAGAAUGAGUGGGAGGAAGAGGAGGUGGCGGAAGAGGAUGAGGUGGCGGGUGAGGUCGCAGAGGACACACCGGAGAGAGGGACAUGGCGGAGGAGGAUGGAUGAGGUAGCUGGGGCGGACCAGGAGGGCGAAGAGGGGAUGGUGCAGAACUGGGAGGAGGUGGGGGACCAAGACGAAGUGGCGGAGGAGAAUGGGAUGGUAGAGGAGGGGAAGGUGGGAGGGGAGGAGGAGGUGCGUGGGGAGGAGGAACUGGUCGGGGAGGAGAGGGUGGCCGAGGACAGGGUCGCGGAGUAGGGUAACGUAGCGGGGAAGGUCGUGGAGGACGAUCCAAAGGACGAGAAGCAGGAGGAGAAAAGAAAUAAUCAAAUGGCGUGGUAUUC